UUGUAUUGCUCCCACUAUUGUUAGUCUGGGGACCAGGACUCUAGCACAGGAACCUUUGGGGACCAGACGGCAAACCACAGCAGCAGUGGGUGAAGAUUUGUCUCCCUGUGAAUGCCUAGUCCGCCAUGAAGCUCUGUAUUCUCCUCCUCGCCAUCUGUGUCCAUGGGAUUGUGGUGUUUCUGCAUGUUCUCGGCAGCCUCAAGGGAGAGCUUGAAGAGAUCGACCAGUGCUGGGUGCAGCCUCCGACAAGGUUUUGUGGGAAAAGGUGUACGAAGGUGCGGAAGUGUGUGAGUCCAAACUACACGUGCUGCUGGACAUACUGCGGAAACAUCUGUCUGAACAAUGAAGAACCCUUUAAAACACUGAUGAAAGUCUAGUUUCAAUGUGGACCACUGCUGGUGUCGGCUGGGGGUUGACUGGUCUGGGAGGAAGGCUGCCUGCUGCCCAGAGGGACACUCUUUCCUCCUGAGGGCCUCUCUGUCCUCUCCUUGAUGUCUUCAUGCAGAGAAAGUCUAAGCUUUUGCCAAAUAAAUGUAUUAUGACCAGCAUG